GGUAGUCACGGAGGGUUUCAACGGCGGCCGGAGCAUCCAUGUGUUUACCAGCUCCCAGAUUCGUCGAAUCCAGAUUGGAAGUUGAAGAAUAUGGAGGAGGAUCUCAAGGAUUGUCGUGUGGAAAAUGAAUCAACCGACACGGUGUUCAAUUGUGUUGUACCGUACAUUCACGACGGCCGUGACCGGAAUUCCUUUUCUCUGGUUUGCCGGAAAUGGUCUGAGCUCGAUGGUACGACUCGGAAGCAUGUAACCGUUCACAUGUGUUACUCCACUACACCGUUUCGUCUCCGGCAACGCUUCCCGCUUCUCGAGUCGCUAACCCUAAAGGGAAAGCCUCGAGCUGCCAUGUGGGAUUUAGUCCCAGAGGAUUGGGGUGGUUACGUCACUCCAUGGGUUCGGGAAAUCUCUAGUUCAUUCAAUUGCUUAAAGUCGAUUCAUUUCCGGCGAAUGAUUGUUCGUGAUUCGGAUCUAGAACUCUUGUCCCGGACUCGGGGUAAGGAGCUUAGGGUUUUGAAAAUUGAUGUCUGCUCUGGGUUUUCCACAGAUGGAUUAUUGCACAUCGGUAGGUACUGUAAUAAUUUAAAAAUUUUGUAUUUACAAGAAAGCUUGAUUGUUGAGAAAGAUGGGAAAUGGUUACACGAAUUGGCUCUCCAUAACACCUGCAUCGAAUCAUUGAAUUUCUAUAUGACGGAUCUUGUUAAGUUUGAUUUCAAAGAUCUUGAAAUCAUUGCCAGAACUUGUAGUGAAUCUUUAGUGUCUGUUAAGAUUAGCGAAUGUGAACUUAUGGAUCUUGUAGAUUUCUUUAGCCAUGCCAUCAAGCUACAAGAUUUCGGUGGUGGUGCAUUCAGUGAUCAACCAGAGAAAUACGCCGGUUUCAAGUUUCCUCAGAAACUGCAUUCGGUGGCAUUGAAUUACAUGAGUCAAUCCGAAAUUCCGAUUGUUAUCCCUUUCGCGCAUCAGCUAACCGAAUUAGAUCUUCUAUAUUCACUGUUUGAUACAGAAGACCAUUGUUUCUUGAUUCAGAGGUGUCCCAAUUUGAAAGUUCUGUAUGCCAGAGAUGCCAUAGGGGACAUAGGAUUGCAAAUCGUAGGUCAGUUUUGCAAGAAAUUGCGCAGAAUCAAGAUCGAAAGAGGAGCCGAUGAAGAAGGGUUGGUUUCACACAGGGGACUGAUUUCUCUAGCACAAGGAUGUCUUGAAUUGGAAUGUUUACAUGUUAAUGUCACAGAUAUUUCAAAUGAAGCCAUGGAAUGUAUCGGGUCUCACUUGAAAAACCUCUAUGAUUUUCGAAUAGUUUUGCUUGACAAACUAGAAAAGAUACCAGAUUUACCUUUAGACAAUGGGAUUCGAUCCCUGCUAAGUGGUUGCACCAAACUCGGACGACUAUGUGUCUACCUCCGGCGUGGUGGAUUAACGGAUGUGGGUUUGGGGUAUAUUGGGAAAUAUGGUCAAAAUGUGAGAUAUUUGCUUCUUGGGUUUACAGGAGAAUCUGAUGCAGGGCUUGUGGAGUUAUCAAAAGGGUGUCCAAAUUUGCAAAAACUGGAAAUGAGGGGUUGUGCGUUUAGCGAGCAAGCGCUGGCUAGCUUUGUGUUCAAUGUGGGUUCAUUGAGGUACUUGUGGGUUCAAGGAUAUCGUGCAUCUGCAAGUGGUCGUGACAUUUUGGCAAUGGCUCGUCCGUUUUGGAAUAUGGAGUUGAUUCGAUCUGUUGGUGAUGCACCCGAGAGUUCGUUUCAACAACAACCGCCUUCUUUGCUUGCGUAUUACUCGCUUGCUGGACAACGAACGGAUUUCCCAGAUAGUGUUCUUCCUUUGCACCCUUCUUUAGAUCUUUAAUAACUAGGUCUCUUCAAGAUCUAACUUUUCUUCGUUAGGGUUUUUAGUUUAAUUGUGAUUUGAUGUUAUUAGAUUUUAAAGGUGAACAAGAUCAUUUUAGCAUGUUUUACAGAUACAUAUGGUUUAUGAAAAUGGAUGCUUCA